CGCGACACACGUGGCCAAGUGCCAAUACACAAACAAAAUAGCCACACUCUUCAGCAACCAGUGUUCCACUGUUCCUCUAUUUCCACAAUCUCCUUCGCAAUCUCAAGAUGAACCAAUCCUCCAUGAAUAUACGAAUUCAAGCUCCUUCUCCGUCUCUACUACUGCCACGUGCCAAAGUCUACUCUCAGGGAAUGUGUCCUUGUUUAAGGAUGCAAUUGGAAACGUGUUCCAAUCCUAAUCUUUUAAAGACGUCCAUAGUUUCAAGAUGCCCCUCCGGGUGGUCCAAGACAUCUUCUGUAUUUGCAGAGAAACCAAUUAAGCAUUCAACACGACCAGGAGCUGUGGUUACCUCUGGCUCUCAAGAAACGUCCACCCCUGCCCUAGUUGGUAAUGAAAAGAUUGGAGUUUUAUUGCUUAACCUUGGAGGUCCUGAGACUCUAGAUGAUGUACAGCCGUUCCUGUUUAAUCUUUUUGCAGAUCCAGAUAUUAUUCGACUGCCAAGAUUAUUUCGCUUUCUUCAGAAGCCCUUGGCACAGUUUAUAUCUGUUGCUAGAUCGUCGAAGAGCAAAGAAGGAUAUGCUUCAAUCGGUGGUGGUUCUCCACUGCGUCGUAUCACUGAUGCUCAGGCUGAGGAGUUGAGGAAGGCACUAUGUGACAAGAAUGUACCUGCAAAAGUUUAUGUUGGUAUGCGCUACUGGCAUCCGUUCACUGAAGAAGCUAUUGAACAGAUUAAGCGAGAUCAAAUUUCAAAGCUUGUUGUGCUUCCACUCUACCCCCAAUUCUCAAUCUCUACUAGUGGUUCAAGUCUUCGGCUUCUGGAGAGUAUAUUCAGGGAGGAUGAAUAUCUAGUCAACAUGCAGCAUACUGUAAUUCCUUCCUGGUACCAGCGGGAAGGAUAUAUAAAAGCUAUGGCAGAUUUGAUUCAAAAAGAGUUGGAAAAAUUUGAUUGUUCUGAGGAGCAGGUGAUGAUUUUCUUUAGCGCACAUGGGGUACCACUUGCAUAUGUAGAGGAAGCUGGUGAUCCAUACAAAGCCGAGAUGGAGGAGUGUGUUGACUUGAUAAUGGAAGAACUAGAAAAAAGAAGGGUAAAUAAUGCAUAUACCCUUGCCUAUCAGAGUAGAGUCGGACCUGUAGAAUGGUUGAAACCCUACACAGAUGAUACAAUCAUUGAACUAGGACAAAAAGGAGUGAAAAGUCUUCUAGCUGUCCCAAUUAGUUUUGUAAGCGAACAUAUUGAAACCUUGGAGGAAAUGGAUGUUGAAUACAAAGAAUUGGCUCUAAAAUCUGGCAUAGAAAAGUGGGGACGAGUUCCUGCACUUGGUUGUGAGCCUACAUUUAUUUCAGAUUUGGCUGAUGCGGUUAUAGAAAGUCUUCCAUAUGUUGGAGCGAUGGCUGUCUCGAAUCUUGAAGCUCGACAGUCUUUGGUCCCACUCGGCAGUGUAGAGGAGCUAUUGGCAACAUAUGAUUCACAGCGCAGGGAGCUUCCUGCACCCGUAGUAGUUUGGGAAUGGGGAUGGACUAAAAGUGCUGAAACAUGGAACGGAAGAGCAGCCAUGCUAGCAGUUCUUGUUCUGCUUGUGCUCGAGGUGACCACUGGGGAAGGUUUUCUUCACCAGUGGGGUAUAUUGCCCUUGUCUUGGUGACAACAAUUUCCCCUAUUUCCUUUCAUCCUCUUACUCGCCUCUAUAUAUACCUACACUCUGUGAAAUAUAUAUAUGGGCCCUAGAUAUAAGAAAGAUACUACUGCUUUUGAGGAAAACCAAGAAUGAAAAAUAUCAGAAGUUAUCUUUAUAAGUUGGAUGCAGAGAAAGAAGGAUAUUCACACAUCAGACCUUCGGAUCUAUCAGAGGCUACUGCUGCAAACUUCAGGACUUGUACGAGGAGGAAUCGGGAAAUCAAAAGGCUGUGAAAUUGAGACCCUCAUAGUUUGACAGUCACUUGGCCUACAGGUUAGUUUUCCAGUCGGGUUUGCAGCAGAGUUUCUCUUCCACUCUCCUUUUGUUUUGCUUCAAUUUUAUGUUGAACGAACACAGUGUUGUAUACACCCCUAACAUUUGAUAUUCAUGCCCGCUUAUAAAUUUGUCAAGUUGUAUUAAUGAAAAUAUUAAUGCUGUUCAUGCAUAUCGAUGAAUUAUGAGAACUUCGUUUUGAAUUUGUA